CGGGGAGGAGCGAACCCGCAGCCCGACAGCGGGGCACCAUGCAGGUCUCCUUUGUGUGCUCCGAGCACAGCAUCAAGAGCCGGAGCGCGGAGGACCGGCUGAACAGGCAGAAUGCCAGCAGCCCCAGCCUCGGCACGCGCAGCAAAUUCCGGGCGGUGGCCAUGGUGGCCCGGAGCCUGGGGCAGCUCUCGGUGCAGAACGCGCCGUCGUCCAGCGAGUCCAGCAUCAAACAGCCGGGCAUGAAGUACAGAAAUCUGGGCAAGUCUGGGCUGCGUGUAUCCUGCCUCGGCCUGGGGACAUGGGUGACAUUCGGGGGGCAGAUCACAGACGAGAUGGCCGAGCAGCUGAUGACUUUAGCGUACGACAACGGCAUUAAUCUGUUCGACACGGCAGAAGUCUACGCUGCCGGCAAGGCCGAGGUUGUGCUGGGAAACAUCAUCAAAAAGAAGGGCUGGAGACGAUCCAGCCUGGUCAUCACCACCAAGAUCUUCUGGGGAGGAAAAGCAGAGACGGAGCGGGGACUGUCCCGAAAGCACAUCAUUGAAGGUCUGAAGGCGUCGCUGGAGCGGCUGCAGCUGGACUACGUGGACGUGGUGUUUGCCAACCGGCCCGACCCCAACACGCCCAUGGAAGAGACGGUGCGCGCCAUGACCCACGUCAUCAACCAGGGGAUGGCCAUGUACUGGGGCACGUCACGCUGGAGCUCCAUGGAGAUCAUGGAGGCGUACUCAGUGGCACGGCAGUUCAACCUGAUCCCACCGAUCUGCGAGCAGGCUGAGUACCACAUGUUCCAGCGGGAGAAGGUGGAGGUGCAGCUGCCUGAGCUCUUUCACAAGAUAGGUGUCGGUGCCAUGACCUGGUCACCGCUGGCGUGCGGCAUCGUCUCAGGGAAGUAUGACGGCGGCAUUCCUCCGUACUCAAGAGCAUCACUGAAGGGGUACCAGUGGCUGAAGGACAAGAUCCUGAGCGAGGAGGGCCGGCGGCAGCAGGCGAAGCUGAAGGAGCUGCAAGCCAUCGCCGAGCGCCUGGGCUGCACGCUGCCACAGCUCGCUAUUGCAUGGUGCCUGCGCAACGAGGGCGUCAGCUCCGUGCUGCUGGGGGCCUCCAACGCCGACCAGCUGAUGGAGAACAUCGGAGCCAUACAGGUCCUUCCCAAGCUGUCGUCUUCCAUCGUCCAUGAGAUCGACAGCAUCCUGGGCAACAAACCCUACAGCAAGAAGGACUACCGCUCCUAGGCGCGCCCGGCACGCCGCCCCGCCGCCCGAUCGCUUGCUUACGCUUGGAUGAAGCAAAGUGGAGAGCGCGGCCCGCAUCAAGAACAGCACGCCAAGAGUGUAGAGAAACCGUUCCAAACGUCGCUGCAAGAGAACAUAACGCUUACUACAUAACAUUUAAUUUGAAUGCCAGAAAGCCACCGCCGGGGAGAGCGCUGGGGCAGCGCACACCCCACGCCUGGACUCGGAGCCGCAGGGCACACGGCCAGGCUCUGUGCUGUGCUGCUGGGGGCUGUCCUGGCACCGUGGGAGGACUCAGCCGGCGGGGGCCAUCCUGGGUGGCGGCUGCAGCCGUUGCAUGCGUCUCCCUGCUGCUUCUCUUCUUUACUUUGUGUUUCCGGACAAGGAGGCCGUUGGGUGCAGGUGUGCUCAGAGCACCGUGGGAGUUGCGUGGGCAGGGCUGGAUGCUGGCCUGGCUCGGCGCUGGGGCUGUAAGAGGCUGCUGUGCAACACCAAGAACAAAACCACCACCACCUCUCCUUCCAGCACUCUGCUCUGCAGCCCCAGCACACUGCGUCUGUGCCCUUGCCUGAGAUGGGCACCAGGGAGGAGAAGAUGGGUGGGGAACAGGAACCCUGGGAGGGGGGACUCCACCCAGCCCCUCCCCAGGCAGCCCCUGUUUUCCCUCCUCCUGUGCAGGGGAAACAGCAAACACUGCUGCAUGGAGGUGGGGAGGUAGAGCAGUGAUAGAUAAGGGAGAGCUGCAAUUUUUAUAUACCUGCACCAACCAUGCAGAAACACACAUAAGCAGGUAUAUAGAAUUGCAUAUCUACGUGCAUCUGUAGGCAAUUUACAGAUGUGUCACUGUGUAUACAUGCACACACUGCAAGCACAUGUACAUACAUGUAUACGCAGAGAUAGCUGUGUGUCCACCCAUGUGCGGGAUGGCACCGAGCCCCACUUCACCUGGUGCCACUGCCCAGGGCUGUGGGCUCGAAUGGGGGCAGCAGGGGGAGCCCAGGCAGGGGCUGGCUGCUCCCCAAGCAUUGUGCUCACCUCCCACCCGGAUCCCAGGGGUGGAAGAGCAGAGCUCCCCUCAUCGCCAGCACAAUAAUGACGCUGCUCCCACCUCCUUUUUACAGGAUUUAUUAAAACACAGAGAACAUGAACCAAAACACACAGAGUACAAAGUAAAUGUGAGUGUGUUGGUUACAGGUGCCAUAAACCUCCUACGAAAGGUCACCACGGUGCAGUCAGUAUCACAAAAUAGCAGCCCACCAGGCACAAAGGCAGCAGUGCGGUCACCCUCUGCUCUGCUGCAGCAGCCCCCACAACCCCCCCCAGCUCCAGGCAGCUUGUGGCCACAGAGAGGACGGAAGGAAGAAGCAGGAGGAGCGCAGGACGGCCGGCAGGGCACAGCACAGCCCUCCCCAGCCGUGCUCUCCCCCCUCCAGCAUGGCGAGGGCAGGUUGCAGGCAGAGGGACCCCAAGGCAGGGCUCACUGCAGCCCAGGGAUGGGUUGGGAGUGGUGGCAACCGACUCCUCUCCUCCUCCUCCUCCUCCUCCUCUCUGCUCCCUGUGCUGCAGCAGGGCAGCGGUGGGCACGCGCUUGCUCAAACACAAAAAGGACAUAAAAAUAGAACUUACAGGGAAGCUACUGAACAGGAGUAAGCUUGGCGCCUAACGGUCAGCGUGGAACUGGACUAGAAACAGAGCUUCCAACAGGUCUCCCUUUAACUCUGAUACAUGUCAAUAAAAACAGACAUAAAUACUGUUA